AUGACUGCGCAGAGCUUGAUCGAUGUCAUGCCCUUGUGUCUGGUACAAACGCAGCUUUAUAUCAAGACGUGUUUAUUGAGCUUGGGAGAUGUUUCUUGGCAUGAUAUUCACCCCAUACCUGAACGGGCCAAUGCGGGCAUUCAUAAGUUUGGUGUAGCCGAUAUUCGCGCGAUGUGCACUCGUCUUCAAGUUGCGCACCCAAAGUAG